GCGACGGCUACAAUGGGUCCUCCCGCGGGCUUUGUGCGAGCUUGGAAUCCAGCUGUCACCGCCCCACUUGAGGGCGCACAUUUCCGGGCUGCCCACCGGCCGGGUCGCUUCGGUAGCCGCUGCCCCGAGAGCCAAGAGAGCCGCCCCCACCCGUCCGCGGCCGCCCGGCCCCAAUCGCCUCCUGAAAUGCCCGUCGACUUCACCGGGUGCUGGAAGAUGCUGGCCAACGAGAAUUUCGAGGAGUACUUGCGCGCGCUCGAUGUCAAUGUGGCCUUGCGCAAAAUCGCCAACUUGCUGAAGCCAGACAAAGAGAUCGUGCAGGACGGCGACCAUAUGAUCAUCCGCACGCUGAGCACUUUUAGAAACUACAUCAUGGACUUCCAGGUUGGGAAGGAGUUUGAGGAGGAUCUGACGGGCAUAGAUGACCGCAAGUGCAUGACCACGGUGAGCUGGGACGGGGACAAGCUCCAGUGUGUGCAGAAGGGCGAGAAGGAAGGACGCGGCUGGACCCAGUGGAUUGAGGGUGACGAGCUGCACCUGGAGAUGAGAGUGGAGGGGGGGGUCUGCAAGCAAGUGUUCAAGAAGGUGCACUGAAGCCGGGGCAGACCUUGGUCUCGGGGAGUGAGUGGCAUGGGCAUUCGGGCGGGGCAGAAACGUCCAGCCACCUCCAGGUAUCGGUUAGCAGUCUGUCUCUUGGCCUUGUCCCUUUCCCUUUUCUUAGAACAAAACCAUCCCAAUAAAAGUGCUCUCUGCUCAAGA